CAACAACAACAGCAGCAGCAACAGCCUCUCUCUAGCCAAGUUCCUCCAUUGGCUCCCAUGGGGGGACUAACUCCCAAUUUGGGGCUUGGAAUGGGAAGCGCCAUGUCGAUGCCGCAUACAAAAUAUGUUAGCGGAUUUUCCAUGCCCAUGAGCACUGGCCACAGUGGAAUGACUCCACAAACACCACAACAUAGUAUGAUGUCCUCCAUGGUAAACCUGGGAGGAACCGGGAUGAGCGGCAGUACUCCCAGUAUGAGUGUAGGCGGUCCAUCCACACCAUCUCCCAUGACUCCUAUGACCCCUCAUUCUGCUGAUCCCGGAAUUGUGCCACAGUUACAGAACAUAGUAUCCACGGUAAAUCUGAGCUGCAAGUUGGACCUAAAAAAAAUUGCGCUACACGCCCGAAAUGCCGAAUACAAUCCGAAACGGUUUGCUGCUGUGAUUAUGAGGAUAAGAGAGCCGCGAACUACAGCGUUAAUAUUCAGUUCUGGAAAAAUGGUCUGUACGGGGGCUAAAAGCGAAGAGGACUCCAGACUGGCCGCCCGAAAAUAUGCCAGGAUUAUUCAGAAAUUGGGAUUCCCAGCCAAGUUCUUAGAUUUUAAAAUACAGAAUAUGGUCGGCAGUUGCGACGUAAAAUUUCCGAUUCGUCUGGAAGGACUAGUUUUGACGCACAGUUCUUUCAGCUCGUACGAACCGGAGUUGUUCCCUGGAUUAAUAUACCGUAUGGUCAAACCUAGAAUAGUAUUACUAAUUUUUGUAUCGGGAAAAGUUGUACUUACUGGAGCCAAGGUAAGGCAAGAGAUUUAUGAAGCCUUUGACAAUAUUUAUCCGAUUCUAAAGAGUUUUAAGAAACAGUAGACUCACAAUGUUCAUUCCAAUCUAAGUUAAGUUGAUGAAAUAACUUGGGCUAUAGUUGAAUAGGUAGUUGUGUUUGUUUUCACGUUAAUCUAAUGGUGGUUUUUAGUUUAACUAUCGGAGUUAUGAUAUUUGAUUCUUAUAUGAUGCAAGAAAAAACAGGUCUCAGUUGGUUGACUAGAAAUGUUAUUUUAUCGACUUAUGAAAUUUGGAGGAAUGUUAUCUGGACUGCACCCCAGUUGUUCGAGGGAGCACUUGGCCCAUAUAAGAUAUGAAUGUAAAUAAAUUGUACGUAUUAUUUUUCAUAA